AUGAAGAGCCCUGGCCGCCGUACUGCUACUGCUGCCCUGCCGCUCGACUCGCCCCGGGAGACCGAUCUGGCCCUGCAAUGCCUCACGCGGCCCCGUCGAGUGUGGAAUAGCGACGCGCGCUGUUGUGGUGGUCGUCUUCGUCGUCGCCGGAUGGAUCGUACAACAACAAGAUCUCCAUCGUCAUCGUUAUCACCCUCCUCGCUGCUGCUGCGGCGGCGCUGUCCAGCGCCCCUCCUCGCCCUCCUCCAGACCGUCGCUGUGCUCCUCCUGCUACUCGCGCCCGUGCACGCGGCCUCCGUUCCUUUCCAUAACUGCCUGCCCGAAUCGAUCGUGAGAUCGCAGCCCGUCCGUCUGCAAUUCAUACCCCUCUACGUCUCGGCGACUCUCGCCGCUUCGCCGCAGAGGCGCACCCUGAACGUCACCGUCUACGGCAAUGUGACGGGCCUGACGACCCGUGAGGACUAUCCGCUGCCCGACGACCCCCGGUGGUCGAAUCCCAAUGUCACCACCGGCAAGAUCCUGAAUGUCGAGCCGUCGACGAACGUGUUUACGACCUUUUUCGCUCGUCUGGAUGUGUUGAGUUUCACGGUCUACAAGGCGAAUUCGCGUCCGUUCUGUGAGACGGUGGUGCAGGGACAGUGCCCGAUGGGCCCGGUGUUCCAUGCCAACGCAUCGGACAUCUCGCGUCUACGGGCCUUCUCAUUCUCGCAUGACCUCUUCUCAUCAUAUUCCUUCGCUUCAAUACUUCCCACGUUUCAAGUGAAUUCCGGCGACCAGGCCGGAACACCCAUUGCUUGCGUCGCCGCUGACAUAGUACCGGACCUAGGCCGCUCUCUCACCAAUGUCCUCACGUAUAUUCCACUGGUCGUUUUGAUAAUAGUUGGGUUUGCCACUAUAUCUGCCGCGAUCUUCAGCCCAUGGGGUACUUCAGAUAUUUUUCGGUGGACCAGCAACUAUGGCCGGGACGAAGAUCUGCUUCGUCUCGUCACGCCGGGAUUUGGGGACUGUUUGCAGUAUAUUCAAUUCAUUAUUCUAACCAGCUCCCUGACACUAGACUAUCCUGGCUUCUUCCAGCCUGCUACAAGUAAAGUGGGUUGGUCCGCGCUGAUGUUCAAUGAGAGCUUGGUGAGCCAUGGAACUGGCGUUCAAUCACUUCAGGAUGGACUAUACACUGUCAAUGGCACCUACGGACUUGAUCGUAUGAGACAAUAUGUUGGCAUGACGGCUCCCAAAGAUGUAUGGGCGGGCAUGGUGGUAUGGCUGCUCUCCAUCAUCGCCGGUGUCACCCUGCUCACCCAACUUGUCUUCUCUUUCCAAUGGAUACACCGCAAAAUCGCCCAUGAGCCAGAGGAGGACCUGCGAUCGAAAAAUCUGCCGUUUACCCUUGGAAACGUCAUUCGUAUCGUGUUCAACUACUUCUUAUUACCCAUCGUGUCCUUGUCAAUGUUCCAGUUCGUCAAAGCCAGCUCUUCACCUAUACUUACCGUCGCUUUGGCUACUCUUCUGCUUGUUUUUCUGGUCCUCUUUGCCGGCUGGCUUCUGAUUCUUAUCGCCAAAACACGACCCCGGUCAUAUCUCUUCGACGAUCUCCCCACCGUCCUUCUUUACGGCCCUUUGUACAACACCUUUUCGGAUAGCGCUGCACCCUUUGCAUGGAUUUCAGUUCUCCUUACAUUCAUCCGAGGAAUCGCGAUCGGCGCGGUCCAGCCAUCUGGCAUCGCGCAGAUAGUAUUACUCGCCAUUUGCGAAGUGACCCUUGUUCUUACCAUUGCAGCAUUUCGGCCUUUUGAAUAUCCCACGUCCAUGAAUUCAUAUUAUACUGUUCUUUCCAUCAUCCGAUUUCUGACAAUUAUUCUGUGUGUCGCUUUUGUUCCGUCUUUGGAAGUGUCCGCUUCCUCCAGAGGUUGGAUCGGUUAUAUUAUUCUUGUAAUGCACGGGGUCGUUUUGCUUUUUGGCUUCUUUCUCAAUGCAAUCCAAACGUUGAUUGAGGUUGCUGCUCGUUUGCUUGGUGCUGGUGGUGAGGGAGGUGUUGAAGGAGGGGCUGCUAGAGGAGGCCUUUCUAAAGUUUUCGGUAUGCGUCAACUUUCCCGUCGAACGUCCAGGCGCCGCCAUGUUCCACGACAUAGCAUAAAUUCGGAGGCAGCGAUGCUAGGAAGUGACAUGGAAAGACCGUCCACGCAAUUGGACGGAGAUCGAGCCCGCAGCUUUUCCGGCAGCUCUGCAAUUCUUCUAGGCAGGCCUGGUGCUGGAAGCAGGAUGAGCACUGGAUUGGAAUCCAACAGUGCCUACGGCGUAGCGAACAGCCGGGGUGAUGGAAGCGUGCCAUACACCCCAACGACGCCCGCCACCGCCGGCGCAUUCCCUGGUGCAGGACGACACUCGGGAACCGGCUCGCCACGAACUGGCCUUGUGAAGCUUAAACAUGCGGAGACGGCUGAUCACUUCUAUCGACCUCCUAGACAGCGCCGUGCCACGCUCGACGGAAUGUCGCCAUCCAGCCAGCGACAUACAUCGUGGGGUAAUUGGAGUAAACGAGAUUCGAAUCAGACUGUGGGCGGGGAUGAGAUUGACGUAGUCGACGGUCCUUCGGUAUCGGGCCGAGGAACGCCUGCUCCUGCGUACCUGGGUGUCUCUAAAGAUGAUCCUGAUGGAGAGGAGGAUCCGCGCCAACCUAGAACUGACUAUGCUGUUCGUGAAGCCGACUUUUUCUAUCGUGUUCGCGGUCCCGCGCUGUCCAAGGCUCCUGCUCGUAAGCUGAAGACUGGUCCGGCCGACCCGACUGGGCCCGUCUCGUCUGCCACGGGCUGGUUGCGGGGUCUCUUCAGAGGCAAAACGAAGGAGCAAGGACGAGGCUUCGAGGUUGUUCGCAGCGCCCGUGCACCUGUUCCUGGGGUGAUGCUUCCUGAGGAACCGGACGUGUUUCCCGAACCUUACCGGGACGAUCCCGAGCCUGCAGGGAGCAAAGCCAGGGAUGCGGAGGCAGACGCAGGGGCCGGGCAGGGUAGUGAAGCCGAAACUGAGCAUAAAAAUACGACGAAUGUUGCCCCGGAAGCUCCGUCGUUGCCUCCAAUCGUCGCCACCGAUGCCAUUGAGUUGCCGAGUCGGGUGGGCACCAAGCGAGAGCCCCCAGAGCUCCAGGGCCUGCGAAUACGACCGCCCACGAUCCCGCGACGCAGCUCGAAGCGGAAUUCUUCGACGGACAUUGACCGUUCCACCGACAAUGCUGCAAAGGACACUGGCCCUCACCCGGAUUCCAGUGCAGAGUCCGAGGUAGAAACGCCGAAAGCAAAGACUAAACUGUUGCAGGACCCCGGUCGCCUGCCCUUCGCAUCCAAAUCGUCGUCAACCCCCAGUGACCAAAUAUCUUCGACCUCCACCGCAUCAAGCAUACACCACCCUCUUGAUGACAACCCAGCCACCCCUCGCCCUGCCCACCGCAGCAGAAGGUCCGGCCCGGAGCGCUAUUUGUCGAAACGAGCCGACCGGCCAUCAAGUUUAGGAUACGUCCAGCAACAUCGAGCCAGCGAUCACAUCUACAACGCGAACUCGGCCAACUCGCCGUUUUCUGAGAGCACGGCUGAGAUUGUUAGAGAGCCUUGA